CUGGACAGACUGCCAUUGGCCCGAGUGGACGCAAACAGCCUGUGCGUCCUAUGAGAGAGACGCGCCUGGGUCGAUCCACGGGGCGCAUGUGGGUGUCCAGCACCGAUGCCCAUAUCUGUGUCCAGCUCGCAUCAUCAGCAGAGCGGCCGUGUGAACUAUAUAACCACCCACUCCCACUCAGUGUUUACUGACAGAUCAGAGUCACCAACAGAUUACCAAAACAUCUAAUCGAAAAUAAUAUUACAAGAGAAAAUAACACCAGCAGUACUGGUGAGCUUGUUGCAGAACUGAUCCAUUCAGUUACUUUGAUAACCGUUAAUAAAACUAUUGAAAUUCUUAUUCGCAAAAUUAAUAAAGUAGCAAAAUGGGCGUACUGACAAAGAAACCCAAGACCUUCGAGGUUCAGUUCAGUGACCCAAACAAGAGCGCGUAUAGCGGCGGAGAUAAAGUGGCCGGGCGGGUGAUCGUGGAGGUGGCGGAGGUGGUAAAGAUUUCCGCCGUUAAACUGUUCGGAAUCGGAUGCGCUAAAGUCGAUUAUAAUAAAGGAAAGCUGCACUGCAGAGAGGAGAUUGACUACCUGAAAUAUGAAGAAAUUCUUCACCUCGAUCAUCAGCCCACAGAUGCAGAUGGCUCCAUGACUCUCAGGCCUGGAAACAAAUACGAGUUCAUGUUUGGUUUCGAACUUCCUCAGGCAGGGUGCCUAGUUUCCUCGUACAUGGGAAAGUUUGGCUCAGUCCAGUACUACGUGAAGGCUGUCAUAGAGAAAUCAGGCCAACCGUAUGCGGAAUGCAAGCGAUAUUUCGAUGUGGAGGAACCCAUUGAUGUCAACACCCAAGAGCUCAUGGCUCCAGUUACAGGAGCAAAACAGAAGAAAGUCACCUGCAUGUUUAUUCCCGAUGGUAGUGUUUCCGUGGCUGCUCGCAUAGGCCGGAAGGGUUACAGCGAAGGAGAAGACAUUUGCAUUGACGCUCAGUUCGAGAACACCUGCUCUCGGAUCGUCGUUCCUAAAGCCGCCAUCAUAGCCAAGCACAUUUACCUGGCGAACGGCCGCACCAAAGUGUUUCAAGAGAAACUCACUUCUGUCAGGGGCGACCACAUCAUAUCUGGCAUGCGUGAUAUGUGGCGGGGGAGAGUCGUCCGUGUGCCCAAGCUAAAGCCCACCAUCCUGGGCUGUGACAUUAUCCAUGUUGACUACUCUCUAAGGAUCUCAGUGCACAUCCCAGGAAGUGAGAAGCUGAUCCUAGAACUGCCUCUGGUCAUCGGGACGAUCCCCUACAACGGCAUGAACAGUCGCACCAGCAGCAUGAGCAGCCAGAAUGGCAGUGCCACCUCCAGCACCUGCGUCUCGCUCCCAUCUUCUCCGCCUAGCUACAGCGAGAUCUCCCGGGACAACCGCAUGGAUAGUUCCUUCAUUCCUCUCUUGGAUGAUUAUGACACAGAUGACAGUCCUAUCUUCAUGCGCAUUAGCGAGUAUCAGCUUCCACCUCCCCCAGCAUACACUGAGAACUGAGGCUGCAUUGGCAAUGGAGUUCUUCUUGCUGCCACAAAAUAUUAAACUCCAGUGGAAGAUCAAAUGCAGGAAGAUACAGAUCAUGCUUUACUCCAGAGUGUUGGACUUUGUAACGCUGUGUCACAUCAAGAACUGGUUGAUUGCAAGUCGGUGAAGUCGUCCGAAGCCGUUUUACUGAAUCACAGGACAGUUUUUCCGAUGUAAGAAUCCAACUCUUGAAAAUGUCCAUUUAUGUUUUAAUGUUUAAUUCUGAAGUACCCUCAGCAUC